AUGCUGAAAAGUGGUCUUCUUCGUUCCUCUUCUCCUAAAACUCUUCUCUCCUCAUCAUCAUCAACAACAAAAAUAAUUUCUUGUUGCAUCAAUAAGAGCAACUCGUAUCACACUUCCAAACACACCCAAGCUUUAACUCCAACUGGUUACGAGGAUUUAAAGAGAGUAGAUGAGAAUGUAGCUUUUCCGUGGUUAGAACAUGUCGUUCCAAAAAGACACCAAGACCAUCCAUAUGCUAUUGCUUCUCUCAGUUUUAAUGGAUUGGGAACUGGCAAGAAGCCACCAAAUCCAAUUGUUUUCAUUCAUGACUAUACUACAAAUUCCAAAGCCUUCUCUACCAUUGCUCGAAAACUAAACUAUCCAUACGGAAUUGUUACUAUGGAUUUGAGAGCAAGAGGUAAAACUCAAGUCAAUGGUUUGGACCAAUUAUUCACUACACAAGACCAAAAGGAAAAAGCUUUUCUUCAAAACAACACAUCAAAAACAGGACCUUUGAACCUAAUUACUCAUGCUUUGGAUUUUGUUAGAUUGUUGACAUACUAUGGGUUACCAAGAGCAUUCGUCGUGGGUCAUGGAUUUGGAGCUAAUAUUGCUUACAUGUUGAUGAAGAAAUGCCCCGAACGUAUCAGUGGUGCUGUUCUAAUUAAUGGUGGAUAUCCAGUGAACAAGGCAUCUAUGGGAGAGGUUACCCAAUUACAUGAAAGAAUUUCUGGUACAUUUGGUACUUCAUUGGAAACACUUUUAACACAAGAUGCAGCUGUGAAGAGCGAUUCUAUUGAUUUCAACUCAUUUGUAGAGUACUCUAAGCAUCAAAAAAAUGAUGAAGCCAGAUUGGCUGCCCUUAGAGAUUUGAGAUCUAUUGAAGAUUUUGGUCUUUCUUUGGAUGAUUUAAUUCGUCUGAGACACCCAGUUGCCUUGAUUCGUUCCGAACAUGGACUGAAGGAUGGCGAUAAGAAACCAAUUAUUGACGCUAAAGUGUUCAAAUCAAUGGAAAAUGUCCUCAACACCAAGACGGCAGUAACCAUUAAUGGAGCUAACCAUUACAACAUGCUUUUCGACGAGAAAUAUGCAGAGCAAAUUGCCAACACCAUUGACAGGCUAGUGGUGGCUUAUGACAUUCACAGAGUGAUAGAACAUCGUUUCAAUGAAGUGAGAGGAACUGAAUCUGUUAAAGGUGAAGAGUCAAAGUAA